AGAUUAGAAUAACAAAAUGGGGAAUGAGCUGUCAGAGUCAAUUAUGUGCAGGUGAUUUAAUCUAUCAUUGCUGAACAUUCAGGAAUUUGAUUGAACUUUAACUAUAAUAGAUAUUAAUGAAAUUUUACUCUUAACAAUUUUUCUGAAGAGUUCCAAUUUUUUUUUUUUUUUAGUAUUUUUAAAAAUGGCACAAAUUAGCCACCAUAUUAGAAGCGCGUGACUGUCAUGUGAUGCGCUCCUGGAUCGUGUGCGCAUCAGAAUGUUUUGACUAAUGGCGAAAUGCACAUGAGGAAAAUAAACUGCAGUUAUGAAAUAUAAGUGUCUGUAUUUCAUGGAAUAUUAUCUUGUCUUCUUAAUAUUUUUACGCCUUUCAUUGCUAUACACGUGUGCUGAACAAUGCAUUAUUAACAACAUAGACUUUUCUGCAGUUGAAAGAUUUGGUCCAUGGGAAUGUAAGUCAGAUGAUGGCAAUAUUACAUACAAGAUUAAUUUGUGUGACAGAAUUGUCACUGGUAGUGGGGAUGAGCAGCACAACUGUCACUCCGGUACAGUUAUUUGCAUGAUCAAAGAUGGUGGAGCAUUCUCUAUAGCCAAUUAUACCAAAAACACAUUAGACGCCCCAUCUAAUAAGGAAUUAGCAGAGACAUGGAUCGUAAGGAGUGGGGACUCAUGUCCUGAUAUGUCAGGAGAAAAUCUAAACAGUGUCAUCAAUCUCAAAUGUGGCAAAAGUCUGGGAGUUCCCAGGUUUCUAUCAUACACAUACUGUACAUCAUACUUUGAAUGGAGAACCAGCUACGCUUGUCAGAAUAUGCCCGUCUCUCAUCAUGAAGUACCAUGCUAUGUUUAUGAUGACCAUGGCAGAUUACAUGAUCUAAGUGCACUUGUGAAGACACAGGGAGGUUACUUAGUGGAUUCUGCUGAGGGCUGGGACUUCUACAUCAAUGUCUGUAGAGACAUAUCGUCAGGUACAGGUGAUAGAUUAUCCCGAUGUCCCUCUGGAAGUGCAGCUUGUAGAAUUAGUAGCAAGACGGUGAUAGACAUGGGGCAUACUGCAAAGAAGUUACAGAUUGACGCAAAGGGUCACCUGAUGCUAACAUAUCUAUCUAACGUCACUGUACCUGAAUGUACCACCAAACCAACAACCACUAUACAAUUUGUGUGUCCAGAGGCUGGAGGGAGUGAGGAUCCUGUGCUUGAGUUUGACUUUAACUGCCAAUACCGAGUCCUGUGGAAGACAGAGCAUGCAUGUCCAGAAGUGGCUGUUACAUCUUCUUCUUGUCGCCUAAACGAUCCACAACGAAACAUUGACCUAGAUCUUACUCCACUCACCAACUCACCAGGAGUUGAUAAACCGUAUGAAGUCUUUGUGAAUGCUUCGGGCUCAAGAUCUCAUCCCCUGAAGUAUUUUAUCAAUGUGUGUGGGGAGCUCGGGAUUCAGUGUCCAGACGAGGAUCAUGUUAAGGGUGUUGCAGUUUGCCAGACCAUGGUGGGCAAUUCCAGCUGGGGGCAUGUCUCAGGGACAACUGAUCACCAGCAACUCAAGUUUGUGGAUGGCCUAUUGACACUGACCUAUAGAGGAGGAGAAAAGUGUAACCACAACAACUUCCAGAGGGAGACCAUUAUUUCUUUCCAUUGCAACCACUCAGCAGUUUACAAUGGUAAGGGUUGGCCUGUGUUCAAUAGAGAGAAAGACUGUACGUACUUGUUUGACUGGGACACUAAGUAUGCCUGUUUGGAUCACCCCAUUAUUGAGGAGUGUCGUGUAAAUCACAAUGGAAAGCGAUAUGAUUUAUCACCCCUCGUCAAACACUCAGGUAUGAACUGGAAUGUUUUGGAGGGUGGUGGAGGGGACCAGCUCAGUUUGUACUACAUCAAUGUCUGUAGUGACAUCCUCCACAUUGACCAAGCUGUCCAAUGUAAAUCAGACUCAUCGGUCUGUCUAAUAGAUAAUUUUGGGGUUCACAGUUUAGGGCGGUACGUACAAAACCCGACCUUUGACCCUAGAUCUAACACAAUACAGAUCACUUAUACAGAGGGAGACCUGUGUAAGGAUAACACUAAGAAAAAAUCCUCCAUCAUCACGUUUAUAUGUAAACCAGGAGACAUGGACAGUGGUCCAGUCCUUUUGAGACGGUCUCUAGAUGAGUGUAUUUAUGAAUUUGAGUGGCAGACAGCAGCUGCAUGUGUACUGUCCAGGGAGACAGGGUCUGAAUGCAAGGUUUACAACCCAGACUUAGGCAUAAAUUUUGACUUAAACAAGCUGAGGGCCUCAUUGGGCCACUAUUACAAUGUAACAUCAGGGGAUUAUGACUAUAUACUCAAUCUAUGUGGACCAGUGAAGAAUACUAUAUGUGACAAGAAUGCAGCCCAUGUAUCAAACCCAGGAAUCUGUCAAGUCAAACACGGAGGAACAGCUAGUGAUGCUUUUGUAACUGGGCAAUCCAAUAGUAACCUCACCUACUAUGAUGGACUUCUGAAGUUAAAGUAUGAAAAUGGAGCCUUAUAUAACAGCAAACCUCCAGCUCCCCGCCAGACCGAGAUCACCCUGAUCUGUGACCGACAGGCUGGCAGAGGAUCCCCCCAGUUUCUGGAUGAGGGGGUGACUGCUGCUAGAACGUACACAUUUUACUGGAACACUGAGUUUGCGUGUCCCAGCAGCCCAAUAGAAUGUACAGCUACUGGAGGAGGGAAACAGUAUGAUUUGUCCAGUUUGUCAAGAGGUUCAGCACAAGACAACUGGGCAAUAGUAGAUGAUUCCAACCCUAACUCCAGAACUAAGUUUUAUAUUAAUGUUUGUGGUCCAUUGAAGGAAGUCAAUGUGGGGACUGGAUGUAGCCCUUUCGCUGCCAUCUGUCAGACACAUUACCAAAGUGGACAGGAACAACUAUUAUUUGAUAACUUAGGCGAGGUGACAUCAGCCCCCACUGUGGAGGGGAUGGGACAACUAUCAAUGAAGUACGUCAGUAUCAAAAAUGAAUGCCAGGAUAUCAACAAUCAGAAGAAUAACUGGACAACCACUAUUCACUUUGUGUGCAAGAAAGGAGCUUUGAUAUCGGGCCCAAAUCUGCCUCAGAAGAUUGGAAAUUGUGAGUAUUCUUUUGUAUGGGAGACAGAAGCAGCAUGUCCAAUAGCAGACACUGAAACCAAAAACGUCAACUGUACCAUCAAGGACCGCAACUCUGAUUACACAUUCAACAUGUCUCCUUUAAAACGGAGUGGAAAUGAGGACUAUUAUGAAAUGAAUGCUAUGGGAACUGACAAAAUUAGGUUGAACCUUUGUGGCAGUAUCAAUUCCAGUCACUGUUCAAAAGUGGAAGGUGCUGAAUCAGCUGCUUGUCUGGUGAAAAACACUGGAUCCACCCAGGGUCUUGCCACGGUCAGCCAUGUUCUGGACUACUCGGAAGAUGGCAGGCUAAUGAUGACCUUUGAUGGUGUUAGACUGGAAAAUGGACAGAGAACGCAGGUGAUUAUUCUGUUCCUGUGCAGGCAGAGCAUUCCCCUUGGGGCCCCCGAGUUUGUUCGUAAGGAGGAGAAUGCAUACUAUUUUAACUUUAAGACAUCCCUGGCCUGCAGGCCCCAGCCUGUAGACUGUCUGGUACAAGAUGAAAAAGGAAAUCAAUAUGACUUAUCUCCGUUGGCUAGGACAGGCACAAACUGGCAGGUGUUGGACACAAGGGAAGACUACUCUGAUUUGACAUAUUACAUCAAUGUCUGUAGACCCAUCAAUGCCAUUAGAGGAUCUACUUGUCCAGGUGGUCCUGUUGGAGGUUGCCAAAUGUCGAGUUUGGGGCGGGCAUACAACAUGGGAUACAUCCAAUCUCAGCCUUUGGUGACUGGAAAUGGGACACUGACUCUGAGGUAUGCUGGAGGGGACCAAUGUCACAAAGGUCAGCCAACUGAAUCCUCCCGUAGCACCAGGAUCAACUUCUUCUGUUCUCCGUCAGAGCACAGUCCAACUUUUGAAGGAGAGACAGACACCUGUGAGUACAUCUUUAACUGGCAGACUCCUGCUGCAUGUCCUAUACAGAGAAUUGUUGGUCAAAACUGUACAGUAUCAGACCCUGUGUAUGGUUUCACCUUUGACUUGAAUAGCCUCAGGAAUACCAGUUCCAACUAUAAAGUUUCGGCUGGGGAUUACAUGUAUGAACUGAAUGUUUGUGGACCACUUCUGCAGUCCUCAUUGUGUUCGGAUUCUACCAUAGCUUCCUGUCAGACAAAGCCGGCAGACUCGAGCUUUCACUUUGAUGCAGGACACAGCAGUAGUAAAUUGGUAUAUGAUGCUGGGGAGAUAACUCUUACCUAUGAUUUUGGUCAUCUUUGUCACAACAAAUACAAUCGCUCCACCGUGAUAACGUUUAUGUGUGACCAGUCAAAGUCUGGCCAGGAGGGACCCAGUUUUCUGAAUGAGACAGAGGACUGUACCUACCAGUUUGUGUGGCCCACGUCCAUGGCUUGUACCCCAUUUAAAAUUGGUGACUGCAGUGUGAGGGGCACAAAUGGAGAUCAGUUUGAUCUUUCUAGUCUCUCUCUGAAUGAUGACAACUAUCAGACAAUAGACCAUCUGACCAAGAAAAAGUACAUUUUUAAUGUGUGUCGUUCACUGAUUCAUCAGAAAGGAGAGACUUGCCCUUUCAAUUCUGCUGCUUGCAUUGUUGAUCUCAGUGUUGCAGAUCCAAAGAAGGGGAAGAAAUUUCACAACAUUGGUGAAGUGAACGAGCAGCAGGUUUUGUUUCUGGAUGGCCAUGUACAACUGUUGUACAAGAAUGGUGAAGUAUGUUCUGAAGACCCCACCAAACACACCUCCACUCGUAUCUUGCUGUACUGCAGCAAGGAUUCAAUCGAUACAUCACCAACUGGGCACUUCCUGGUGGGCUGUGAACACAGGUUUGUGUGGCAGACGGCAGCAGCCUGUCCUUUAGAAUCGCCAAGUAUAGGUGCAGGGAACUGUACUGUCGCCAAUCCUAGGUCAGGAUAUACAUUUGAUUUGCAAUCUCUUAAACAAUCUCAAGGAUACAAAGUGGAUGACAGGGUGGACCACAUAUUUACCUUGAAUGUGUGUGCACCUGUAACAGGAACUCCAUGCAAUGCCAAAUCAGGCACCUGCCAAGUGGAAACCAAAGGAGAAAAGAGAUCAUUUAAUGCUGGAAACGUUAAUGCCAAUCUACAAUAUAAUGAUGGCAUCUUAUUUCUGAACUACACGGGGGGAGACAAAUGUCAUAACAAUCAGUUUGAACGGAAUACCAUCAUCAGCUUUAUUUGUUCCUCUGGCACUGGCCAUGGUCAGCCUGAAUUCAUUGCUGAAACAGGGGACUGUACUUAUCAGUUUGUCUGGCACACCGAGCUGGCUUGUGAAGAACAGGUAAGGUGCUCUGUAGAGAAAGACGACUACACCAUAGACUUGUCUCCCUUGAUCAAAAGGUCUGGCCACCAUCUUGCUGUGUCAACAUUUGGACAAGGAGCUACAACAAAUGGCACAUUUUACAUCAAUAUAUGCCGACCUCUGAACCCCAUAUAUGGCAAACUUUGCCCUCCUGGGGCUAGUAUAUGCUGGGACAGAGUAGGAAAGCCACCUGUUAGUCUUGGCAAGGCAAGAACCCGCCCACAACUUGACCGUGUUACUAAAAAAAUCUACCUCCUGUAUGACCAUGGGACUAAGUGUCCAACAAAUAACUCCAUGAACAUGACCACAAAAAUUGUCUUCAACUGCAAACCGGGACCUUCUAUUGGUGUACCAGUGCUGGAAUAUGUCCAUGGUUGUCAAUACAUUUUUGAGUGGGACACUAAUGUUGUCUGUGAGAGAAACAAAACAGAAGUUUCUAAGGGGAACUGUGUGUAUAUAGACCCCAUCACCAGAGUCACAUACAACUUUACUGGCCUAAAGACUCAGCAACCUGUACAGCUGACCAGAAAUGGUUUGAAGUAUUUGAUAAACCUUUGUGAAGGUUUAGGGGCCAAAUACCCUGGUUGUGAGAAUUCCUCUCUGUGUCGCUGGAAUGGAACCACUGGUCAUGGUUAUGGCAGCAUCAGCUCCGAGCAGUUUAUCUCUAGUGAGGAACAGCUCAAAAUGGUCUACAGGAAUGGCAAGGAAUGUAAAGGUUCCAGUGAGGGUGUUAUUAACUUUGAAUGUGAAUUAUAUACCUACCCAGGGUCUCCAAGCAUCAUGUUCACCAGUGAGUGUCAAGGUAUUUUCCGUUGGGGUACUAGGACUGUGUGUCCUUCCAUUGCUGACCAGUGUACGUUGGCCCAUAAUGGACAUGUGUAUGAUCUCCGUGUGUUGUCUCGUCAACAGGGAAGCUGGAAUUUAACAGACAUACAAGGCAACAUGUACUGGAUAAACAUCUGCCAGGGUGUACACAACGGGCCAGAUCAAGGGAAGUGUUCUGAUAAGUCAGCCUCAUGUCGUCGUACGCCUGAUGGCAAGGUGGACAGUCUAGGAAUGGUCACAUCUCAGUCCCUCAUCAUGGAAGGUGAUGGGAAAACACUGAGACUAGAGUACACAAGUAAUGAUUUGGCCUGCACCAGUAAACAUCGUCGUAGUGACAACCUGAAGUCACGUACUGUCAUCAGAUUUGAAUGUGGUAACUCAGUGGGAGGACCAGUUUAUAUUCCCAGACAAACGAGCAACCCUGAGUGUGUAUUCGAGUUCAAAUGGAAGUCUGCCGUUGCCUGCAGAGUGGAAAGACACAGCGUUAAAGAGAACAAGGGGGAAAUUAUGGAUCCCAGGUCAGGUGCACUAGUGGACAUCACAAAGUUUUAUGGGCUCCACACAAUUUCUGGAGAUUCUACAGACUACCAGAUUGAUUUGUCUGGAACUGGAACUUCAUGUCCUGACCAUGCGGCCAUUUGUAGGCUAGACAAGUCUCAGGUCAUCAAGACAACCCUUGGGGUCAUGGAGGGACAACAGUUUUAUAUUGAGGAUGACAUCUUAGAGGUUGUAUUAACAACAAACCAAAAUUGCGACAAGGAUGCCCAAAAGAAGAUCACCAGCAUUGUACAGUUUCACUGUAAUCAUGAUGGACUGAGUAACCCACAGUUUUUGUUUGAUUCUAUGGACUGCACUUACAUUUUUAUCUGGGAGAACCCUUACACCUGUGCACAUCCUGUUGUAGUGAAUCCUAAGCCUAUUGGAAAUGAUGAGGCAACACCAGCCACGACAUCACCAGCUGUCAAAUCUAAAACUGUAGCCACUAUUGUAGCUGUCUUCCUCAGCGCCAUUGUUAUGUGUCUGCUACUGAUAGUGUUCCACAAAAAGGAGAGAAGGGAAGCAGUAGCUUCAAGGUUACGAGGGCUUAUCAGGCGACAUUCUGCAGUGUACAGAUACAGUGAGAUUCCAUCCAGUGAGGAAGUGGAUGACCUCCUUCCAGAGAUUUCAGCAAACAACCUGGGACUUCAAGGGUCCGUACAAACUUCCACAAAUGAUGAAGUCAACAUAUUACAGAAUGAAGAGCUCCCUGCUGUGUCUGUUUUCCAUGAUGAUAGUGAUGAAGAGCUUCUAGCUUAAUGAUUGAAAUUCCCUAGGUCUACAUUAACAUAUCAAUAUUUGUUAUGAGUGACUGACAUGUGAUUGCUUUUAUGAAACUCAUGAAUGGCUAUUUAGCCAUGUUGUUAAUAUACCAUCAACCAAAGCUAUUAAUGUACCAUCCAUCAAACGGUCACUAGGUGGUGUUUAGUGCUGCACUUAAUAUGUUUGAAAAUGCAUGCACAUUUUGUUUAUGAAUCAUUAAGAAUGCUUCCAUUUUUUAAACAAAUAAGUAUAGCAAACACCAUUAUUUACCAUGAUUUAAAAUCUCUUUCUCCACUCUGUCACAAUAGAUCUCUCUCUCUCAACUGUAUUACAAGUUUAAUUUCAGUGCUGGCUAGGUACAUAUAUACAUGUAUCAGAGUUUAGAAACAUAUUAGAUACAUUGUCAGGGGUGUAGUUAAUUUCAAUGUGUUCAACUUUUUUUAUGUCAUUUGAGCUUGAAAUAAGUAUAUCUCUACCAAAUAUAAUGGACAACUUUACAUCAACUAAAUCGAUAUACUUACACAGUAACAAAACCCAGGUGGUUUAGAAAUGGUACAAAAUAACAUUCGAUUUAAAAAUAUUUCAUAUAUGAUGUCAGCGAAUAUACGAAUAGAACAGUAGUCCCGAAUAUUCAAACAUUGAUUUUUGGUAAUGGUUUCAGCUCUAGUUGCAAUGUAAAUAAACAUUUACAUAAGGUUUAUCAACAAGCACUUUGUAUACUAGAAGUGAAAUGAAGAAAUACCUAAGUUUUAUGAACAUCAUUGAAGUAUUGAAUUCUUACAUGUAAGUAAUAGCCUAAAUGACCAGUAUGUAUCUAAUACUCACCCCCGUUUAAUUUUUGCCUAUGUUGCCAAUGGACGAAUUUAAGGCUGGGUGAGUUAAAAAUCUCUGUACUGUACUUAUAAUUUUUUGCGUUUGGGUAAAUUCAAAAUGGUAUGAAACCGUUUGCAAGUGUAGAUGGGUGAAAAAACACGAGGCAAAAAUAACUCUUUUAAUACAGUAGUUAAGGUGUGGACUUUAAAUAUUUGCAUGUGUAACUGUAAUACAUAUUGAAUUAUUCUUACAAAUAUGCAUGACUAGAGAAAAAUAAGUGUUAUUGUGAAUAAAUCCUAAUUUUCUUGUGCCGUUUUUAAGCAAAUUGCUAUAGUCAUGCUUGUGAAAUGUUUCCAUUUUCUUUUGUCUUAAAUGUUAAUUUAUGUCGUUAUUUUAUGCACUUGAUAUCAAUUUUUUAAUGAAAAUGGAGGUGGUGUUGUACUACAGGUAAUAUUCCUAAGUGGGAGAGUUCACUUUUCUUUGUGUGACUGUCAGCUGUAUGAUCACAGGGUAUAUGUCAGUGAUACAAAUUUCAUUUUCAAAUGUCAUGGCAUAUAUCCACAGUAAUCCAUACAGACACUUAGAUUUGUUUAGAAUGCAUUAAUAUUUAACCAUUUUGUUCAAUUUUUACUUUUUUCCGGUUAUUGUAAUUAAGGGUGUGCAGGGAAUUUUCUGAACAGUUGUACAAUGGUGUAAACAGAAUCAUAACAUGCUGUACUGCUUUUGUUUAAAUAUGUACUCUUACCAGUAUAUGUAGUUUAAUUUCUUCCCGAAUGUUAGAAAAAGAAGCAAAAGAUUGCCAACAUAUAACAUUCCAUUAUUGCUCAAUGUAAAAAAUGUUUAUUUAUUGAUGUUUCUUAUUUACUUACAUAAUAGCACUGUAUGUGCAUGUAAGUCGAGAAAAAAUGUGCCUGCAUUAAAUGUUGUCAUUAUUACAUGUUUAGUAGAAGCCACCAUUUUCUUUCUAGCUGUUAAAGACCAAACUGUUUAACAAAGGGACAUUGACUUGGCAGUUUACCACACUUUUUUAAAUUGUUGGGGUUAAUUUUCAAAGCUUUGCAAUUUGUGUAUGAAUUGUGAAAUACAGUUGUAACUUAUAAAUGUCAUGUGAAUGGCGAAUUUUCAUCAUUAAGUGACUAGACCAUAAAAUGUUAUUUCUACAACCUAGCUACUUUGUUAUUUUCCCUAUAGAGAGUAUAAAUUCUCCAGAUUUUUUUCUACAUGAAGAUUUUCAUGUCUGUUUCGAUCAGUAUCUUUCUUCCAUUUUCCAUUGUAGGAUUUUUCAUUAUAUUUAUUUUGUAUGUAUUUGAGUUGAUGACUAUUCAGUCGUUUGAAUUAAUUUUUUAUUUGCAUUGUGACAUACAUUUAAUUUUUUAGGUCACCUGAGUAAACUCAGGUAACCUAUUGCAAUCGGUUGUCGUCCGUCGUGCGUUAACAAUUGAACAUUUUUAACUUCUUCUUGAUAACUACUUUUCUAAUUCUUUUCAUAUUUGGUAUGAAGUAUCUUUGGGACAAGGGGGACAUAAAUUGUAAGUUUCAGGUCUCCAGCACCCUUGGGGCCUUAGGGGCAGGGCAAAAGCUGCCCAAAAUUGACCAAUUUAAAAAAAUCUUCUAAUCUCAAGAACAGCACAUGUGUAAGAAAAACUAAAUGCAUGGUGAUGGAGAGCAGGAAGGCCUCUACCAAAAUUGUAAAUUUCAUGAUCCCCGGGGUAGGGGUUCUGACCCCAGGGCGGGGCCAAACUUGUUAUAUAGUGUUUAUGUGUAAAACACUUAAAUAACAUCUUCUUUAGUGCUGUUGAUACUAAAUUGAAACUAAAUGGAUAGAGCAGGUAGUCUUUUACCAAUAUUGUAAAGUUGAUGAUCCCCAGAGUGAGGGUUCAGACCCCAGGGUGGGGCCAAACUUAGGGGCUCAAGUACAAAAUAAGACGAAAAUAGUUCUUUUAACAUUGUGUAGGAAUAUUUUAAGUAACAUUGAAAAAUAAUUUGUUUCCUAUCUAUUGAUGAUACAAUAUUUAUUCUGAUUCUAAUUAGAUUGUAAACUUGAUUAUGCUAAUUUUGUUGGAAUAUUCAUAAUUUAUCCAUAAUACAGUAAUAUGUUCAUAGCUUGUUUAAUUUAAAUUAAUAUUCAAAUAUAUUUGAUUAUUUGACGAAUUUUUUGGUCGAUAGUUUAUAAUUAAGGAGGUAUGCUACACCAGAGAAAUUUGAUGUAGAUGAAAAGUGGAGGAUAUGUACAACAAUAUUUUGAAGUUGAAAAUUUUCAAAUUUACUUUAUUUUGUCAAAAAAUACAGUUUUAGUAGAAGGUAAUCUGAACAAAAAUUAAAACCCCUGCUGUACUCGAACCUGCGACCUACAGUUCACCAGUCGGUGUUCUAACCUACUGAGCUACUGGGCUAGGUAUAUAAAUGGAAAAGGAAAAGUCAAAUAUUGCUGAUAUCGAUUGUUUCAUCCAUGUUUUUAAAGGAAGUCAGCCAUUAUGACGAUGUAGAGUACUACCUUAACUACUACUCCUAUAUGUUUUAAAAAUGAAAUCAUGUAUAUUCAUUAAAUCACAGGGCAGGUACACAAGGUUUAAAAUUGAAAUAAUGUAUAUUCAUUAAGUCACAGGGCAGGUACACAAGGUUGAAUGGUAGAUAGGCAGACAGGUCGACAGGUAGUCAGGUAUGUUUGAAAUAGACCUACAGGUAGACAGGUCGAAAGGUAGACAGGUAUGUUCGAGAUAGACCUACAGGUAGACAGGUUGACAAUUAAAACUGUGAUUUUAAAUCCUUAUUUACACAAUGAUAAUUUGUAAUUAAAGUUGCGAUAUCCUGUCGACCUGCUGAUCUUUCACUGUGUAGACAAGAAUCAAAAUUCAUAAUUGAAACAUCUAUGAGAUCAAAGCAUUGUUAAAAGAUUAUUAGAACAGUGAUUUUAUAUCCAAAGUUGCUGUAUCCUGUCGACCUGUCAACUUGUCGACCUGUCAUUGCUGAUCGUGCAAUGUGUAGACACGAAUCAAUAAUUAAAUGAACUGAAUUAUUCAUAAAUUAUACAUAAUUUGCAAUAAUCAUUUUUUACUAAUUUCUUUGAAAUUGGUGCCUCAAUUUUAAUAUUAUGAAUAUUUAUGAGUUUUAUUUGAGUUUUUUUUCAUAAAUAAAGUACAUUUACAUACUAAUUUGUAACCAAACCGAUUUACUACCACUUAUGUGGAUGGGACUAUUUUCGUCUUAUUAUGUACUUGACCCAAAAAAAAAGAAUGUAUAAAAAUGGUGAAUUUCAAUCAAAACCCAGGGUUAUGACUUAAGGAUGAGUCCAAAUUAGUCAUAUGUUUUGAUGUUUUAAUGUUAAUACACCUAUUAUUUAAAGCCUUUCAUCAGUGUAUGCACUUUUGAAGGCAGUGAAGUUUUAAGAACACAUCUUGUUUUAUACUGUUGCUGAACAUUAGAAUUUAGCUUAGAUAUACAGAACAGGAAUUUUUUUCUAGAUUUCAUAGCCCAUGGAAGUAGUGAUACUUUUUCACUAGUAUUCAGGUGACUGAUAAGGCCUGUGGGCCUCUUGUUUAUUUGCAUUGUAACAAUUGCUUCAUGUUCAAUCUACAGUUUUUCACCUGUUCUUAAUUGAUAUCCACACAUCUUUGUUUGAUCUGUUUCAUGAGGACAGUUAUUCUCUAAAGUUAUACUUAAGAAAUUUAUGUUCAGCAAAAGCAUUUCAGAUUGGCUUAUAUAUUUGAAAAUGUAUUGUUUUCAUGAAGAGAUCUACAAAUGUGAUUUAUUGUCCCUUUGCAAUUCAUUGCAAGAGGGGGCCGUUUGUGAGUGUGGGUGUAACACUGAGCUUAUAUACACUCACAUCUUUUGCUUGACUGAUUAGCUGAUUAGAUACUUCACAUGUAGUUUUGUUAUCAAGAGAGGAAGAACCCUUUUGAAUUUGGGGCCCAAAGGGUCCAAUUGUCAAUGUCACUAUAUAGGUUUUGAUUAGAAGAAAAAACUUGUAGAUACUCCACAGGCUCAAUUGAUUAGAUACUUCACAUAUGGCUUUGUUAUCAAGAGAGGAAAAUUCCUAUCAACAAGAAAUCAUCAAAGAUAGACUUCAUAAAUAAAAAGAAUAUCAAAUUUCGUAAGUGAUAGUUUUAAACAGUCAUUAAAAUAUAUGUAAUAGCAAGGGAGAUUAAUAAAUUUAUUCUAUUUUUA